AUGCGCUGCUUCUCUUUUUGCAAGCCGGUGGAGGAUGAUCCUCCGAAAUUUGUAGUCAGAAAGACAGGCCGAAGGCCAUAUUCUAAUACUGCCACGACAUUGGACUCCUUUUUGGCAACGCUCUCCCUUAAGUCAGGUAGCAGCAGAUGCAGGAAUUUGCGCAAUCAGAUACUCAAGGUGGGAAGUGCAAAGCAAUCUGCUCGGCUUUUUACGUUCAAUGAGCUUCAUGCUGCAACUGAGGGCUUCAAGGCUGCUUGUUUGCUUGGAGAAGGAGGAUUUGGGAAGGUGUACAAAGGGUACAUAGAUAGCAUCAAUUCUAAACAGGCUGUGGCGGUUAAGAAACUUAACCGGAAAGGAAUGCAAGGAAGUAGAGAGUUUUGUGCUGAAGUUAUCAUGUUGAGUCUGUUUCAACACCCAAACCUUGUCAGUCUAGUAGGGUACUGUGCGGAAGGAGAGCAGAGAGUUUUAGUGUAUGAAUAUAUGGCCAGUGGAUCUUUGGAGGAUCACCUUCUAGACAUAGGUCCGAAUCAGCAGCCUCUUGAUUGGUACACUAGGAUGAGAAUAGCUGAAGGAGCAGCUAAAGGACUUGAGUACUUGCAUGAUGUUGCCAAACCGGCAGUGAUUUAUCGCGAUUUCAAAGCAUCAAACAUAUUGUUGGAUUCCCAAUUCACUCCGAAGCUGUCUGAUUUUGGACUUGCUAAGUUAGGUCCAACAGGAGACAAGUCCCAUGUGUCUACAAGGGUGAUGGGAACUUAUGGCUAUUGUGCCCCAGAGUAUGCUUGCACAGGAAAGCUCACAAAAAUGUCUGAUGUCUACAGUUUCGGGGUUGUCUUUCUUGAGUUAAUCACCGGAAGAAGAGCUGUUGAUGAGACAAAACCAGAGGAAGAGCAGAUCCUAGUCAGUUGGGCACAACCACUGUUGAAGGAUAGAAGUAAAUUUUCAUUAAUUGCUGAUCCGUUGCUUAGGGGAAACUUUCCGGUGAAGGGUCUGCAUCAAGCUCUUGCAAUUGCAGCAAUGUGUCUCAAUGAGGAAGCUGAUUGCCGACCUGUUAUGUCUGAUGUUGUACUUGCUCUUGAGCAUUUAUCCAAGCCAAGAAAUGAAGUUGUCAUUGAUGAUGAAUCAAAACACAGCCCUGUGCAGCUGACCAAUGUCCAAUCUCUAAAACGAAGGAGUUCCAAAGCAGAGCUAGAUCUAUAGCAUUGGCAUUCAGCAGGGUGCAAGUGGAAGAAGUUGCGCUACAGAUUCAAGAUCAAUGCAGUUUUCAUUGCAUAGAGAUUAAGAAAGUCGUAUUGUUUGUAUUUUUCGUGUUCCUAUUGACAGAACUGAAUAUGUGUUUGUAUAUAGAUGUACUACGAUAUUUAUGGUUUGCACUCAAUUGU